GGAAGGGGAGGCAGACGGGGACAUGGGCAGAUGCAUAGGGAGCGCUGGUUCUUUCCCUGUGAGGAGACUAUAGACACUGCAGGACAUGGUUGACAUUGAAACAGAGGUGAACUGACUUAUUUCUUCUGCCUAGAGAUGACUGGAACCUUGCUUACAGGACUCAUUCUCUUCUUGCUGGAGGUGGUACGUAAUGGUGAGCCAACACAUGCAGGGCCAGGAACAACGGAGCACCCCCAUGAGCAAGACAAGCUUGUCCAUCAAACAUCACAGUGGGUGCUGGAACUGUUUAAUGACUCGCUGCCGUUUUCCAGAGCUGAAAGUUUCUGCAGAGGUCAGUUCAGCUCUCUUAUCACCCUGCAACAGUCAGAGGACAAGGAAGAAACUGUAGAGUUCCUUCGACAGACAGGACUUCGCUCUCCGGUCUGGGUCAGAGAUCACAAAAGAGCAGCCUCCAAGCCUGUAGCUCUCUCCAGGCAGUAUUUGGAGUUCUCAGCUUUGAAUUUCCCAAAGGAAUCCCAUGAAGGCUUUGCACAUGUCAAAUUAGCCUUUCCUGGCUUGUCAUCUAUCAGCGUGUGUGUUCGAGUUCAGUGGGACACAGACUGGAAGGUUAUAUCCACAGUCUUCUCCUAUGCUGCACCUGUCCUGACCAAUGAGUUUCAGCUGCGAGGCCGAGUGGACAUGCACGGUCGUAUCCACUUGGCACUCAUAAUCCAUGGAAAGCACUUUCCAUAUAAGGCAUCUUUUGCAAAUGAUGGUGCAUGGCAUCACAUCUGUGUCACAUGGAGUCGGAUCAGCAAUUACUGGGCUAUCUAUGUGGAUGGGGAUAGGAAAGACAUGGGCUAUGGUACAGACAUGGACCGGGAUAUUCACGGUGAUGGUAUUCUUAUCCUGGGCCAAGACCAAGACUCAUUUGGGGGCAAUUUCACUGAGCCCUUUUUUGGGAACAUCACUGACCUGAAUGUUUGGAACAUUUCUUUGGAAACAAGACAUGUCCGUGCCUUGAAUUUAUGUUCAGCCACGGUACAGGAAAAGUUUUUCAGUUGGAACCUCACCCUCAUCAACAGCCAUCAGGUGGUCAAAGAGGUGCAGGCCCCCUUGUUCUGUCCAGCAGUGCACCAGCAGAUGGAGCUACAGGGCUGCAGGACAUUGCAGGGUUGGUCAGACCAGCUCCCUCCCUUGGGCUGGACAGACUGUUCUGAUUUUCUGCCUUUCAUCUGCAUGAGCAGCCGAGCGCGACACCACAGGAAGGAGCAGAUCAGUAAGUCUCAGAGCAGCCAGCCCUCAGCCUUCAUGAACCAACUGAUGAAGCUUUCCAACAAAAGCCAGCCAAUGCUUGUGCAGCAGUCAUCGGAACUAGACAGCCUGGCUCAGGCCUCGGCCCUGCUUAACAUCUCUGUCCAGGCCCUGGAAGACACACAGCAAGAGGGACUGCAGCCAGCGGACAUGGUGACGCUCAUCCAGCUGCUGACGCUGACUGCUGACGUCUCCUCUGAGCCCUCAGUCUGUAAUGAAAACAGCACCCGUAACAACAUCCAGGAGCUCAGUCAACACUUUAUCAGUGUGGCUGACAGCAUCAUUAGUGAAAACAACGCAAACAAAUGGCAGGCCAUCAAAGAGGUGGUGAAUGGCCCGAUGGAUGUUGUGAAGAACAUUGACCACAUGGUAACCCGCUUGAGCCAAAGUUUGACAGCAGAGACUGACCAUGUGACCAUACAUAGUCCUAAUAUCAAACUAGAGCUACAGCAACAAAGGCUGGAUGAAGGAUCAAAAGUAGUGAGCUUCUGUGGGCCUGGAUCAGAGACACGCAGCAUUCUAGACUGCAUUUCUGUUCCACAUCAGAAGAUACAGGAUCUUCAGAACAAUGGUUUUUAUAAGAUCACCUUGGUCAACACGUGGUAUGGCUCUCUGCGACCUCUUUUCAAUCCAGAAGAGAACAUCACUAUGGAGCCUACUGUCACUGAUGGCAGCCAGAGGUAUCUGGGCACAGUCCUGGGCUCGUCUGUUAUAUCCACCACUGUGCUGGGAGAUGACCAACCAGUAAGCAUGGCUGUUCACUACCAGCUCCAGCACAAAGUACAGAAUUCCAUUGAUGCUGUAUAUGACCCAGUUUGUGCAUUCUGGGAUUUUGAUCUCACUCCGGAGACUGGUGGGUGGUGGAACACAAAAGGCUGUGAGGUUGUAUCCAAACAUUAUGGAUACACGGUGUGCUACUGCAACCACACCACCAAUUUUGCUUUGCUGCUUCAGGUUUACGAAACUCAGAGGAGCCCGGAGAACGAAAAAGCUCUGAAGGUGCUAACGUUCAUUGGCUGUGGAGUGUCUCUAUGUGGCCUCCUCUUCACCUUCAUCCUCUUCAUUGCUGUGGGAGUUCCCAAGUCAGAUCGAACCACUGUUCAUAAGAACCUGAUAUUCGCUCUGGGCCUUGCUGAGCUGCUACUGAUGUGUAGUGACUGGGCAGCAGAGAAUCAGGCAGCAUGUUUCAUGGUGACUGCACUACUUCAUCUUUUCUUCAUGGCAUCCUUUUGCUGGAUGCUGGUUGAGGGUCUUCUCCUCUGGAGCAAAGUGGUUUCUGUCAACAUCAGCGAGGACCGCAGGAUGAAACUCUACUACGUCAUAGGAUGGGGACUACCUGUUCUGAUAGUUGGACUAACAUUGGUGAUAUCAGGGGACAAAUACAAGGACCAUAAUCACUGUUGGCUCAGUGUGAAAACUGACACCAUCUGGGCCUUUGUGGGACCAGUUAUAUUUGUCUUGACGGUCAAUGCAGUUGUGCUGUGCCGUGUUGUCAUGGUGACCGUUUCCAGUGCCCAUCGCCGUGCUAAGAUGCUCAGUCCAAGCUUUGCAUCAAAAAUGCAGACCUUCGACCUCACCUGGGCUGUGACCCGUCCAGUUCUCAUCCUGCUCCCUGUACUGGGUCUGACGUGGAUAUGUGGAGUGCUGGUCCAUCUGUCUGUGGUUGUCAGCUAUAUUUUCAUCGUCCUCAAUUCAUUCCAAGGCCUGUAUAUCUUCUUAGUGUAUGCUGUUUACAACAGUGAGGUGAGGAAUGCCAUAAAGAGGAUCAAAGAAAAGAGAAAGGCCCUAUCUUUCACGAACUGCUCCCAGCCUACCAGCUUCUUACCCUCCCAGAGGGCUCCAAUAAUAUCCCCCUGGAGCCGGAGUCCCCCAACCUCCUCCAGUCCCGAAACAAGUGAGACCUCUGGACCCUUCAACUCCACUUCCACAUCUUUGGUCAUCAAGAAUGAGAGUUUCAAAAAGGAAAGCUUUAUCAAUUUCUCUUUGAGACAAGCAUCAGGAAACCAAGUGGUGCAGCUGACUGGGUUUAAGCCAUCAGGUUGUUGAGCUGCAGAUGGAAGAGGAGCGCCUCUGUACGCCACACACACGCGCGCCCUUGAUGGAGAGCAAGAAGACAAGAUUGAAAAGCGCAAACUCCGCCUUCUUCCACUGUCAUCUGUCCAGUUGAUCCUAUCAGCUCAUUGCUUUCCUAAGAAUUCACUUGUGUAAAAUUUCCCAUAUGUUGUGUAUAGUUGAAGUUGUGUGGAGGCUUAAAUUCGCAGUGAUGAGUUCUGGUAAUCUUUCCACCGAGCAGAAUUACAUAUUUUUCAUAUUCUUCAAUUGAAAACAGGAAUGUUUCAAAACUCUAUGUUGUGUCUAUAUUCUGAUCAUCCCAUCCCAGAAUGCAACAAAAUUGUGUUUUGUAUGCACUCUGUGCAUGCAAAAUGACAAUAAAGUUUGUCUAAGUCUAAGAAACCCUGCAAUGUGAUGAGAACACCUUAAGCCUCGCAAUGGACCUGGACGAACAUACUGCUAACUAAUCUUAAACUAUUUUUAUAGGUUAUUGUCUCUGUUUCUACUUGACACCAUUAUCUGAGUUUUUUUUAUGGUGUAGCUGUUUCCAUAAUCAUCAUCAGCAGUCAGAGUCAUCCUAGUUACACUUCCUGUCAGAAGUUCACACAUUCUAACCAUCAGCAUUAACCUCAUUUUCAUUUAGGGGUUUUAUGAUGCAUUUGAAACAUUGUUUUCUCAGGGUGGAAUGAUUAAGCAGCAAACAGCACACAAUACACUUUGAAAACUAGAAUUGGGUGCACAUCUUCAUAGGGUCAAAAUUAAGAGUACAGACCUAAACCCAUUUGGGUAAAUGUCUCAUUGGCAAGUCACAAACAAAUAAAUCAUACACUUUUUGGAGUCUUAUUCCAAAACCUGUUCUAAUUUCUAUGUGGGUUCAUUGUGCUCUCGUUUCAACCAUCUAGAUAUUGAUUGGAGGUGUAGUUGGAGAGUUUGGAAGUAGUCCUUCAUCUGUAUUAUUCCACUUGCUUUGUGUAACGCGUCAAUUCUCCUGGCCAUAAACAGGGCCCCUGAGCAUGAUACCAUAUGCUCAGUAUGAUAUCAUAUACUCAAAAGUUGGUACAAUGUUCUUAGGUUUGAAAGGCUCACAUUAACUCAUCCAAACGUCUUGUCAUUAUUUGGAAACCUCUGAGGUCCUGAUCUUCAAAGUUUCCACAUAAGGACCACUAAAUUGUGUGGACAGGAAAAAAAACUGCUAGUAAUAGAUGGACGUGUUCCACCUGAUCUUCAAAGAUUGUGUCUACAGUGGAUAAGAAUUGCAAAACGGAUUUGGUCCACCCCAUUUAAAUGAGUACAUUUUGUGCACCACUGGCUGUUUGGGAGCUUCUGUCAAAGAAAGAGGAAGAUCAAAUCUUUCACAUAAUCUCUUGAGACAACCAGGACGCACAAACCGUUCAUCAUUGAAGAAUUUCUGCUAUUAAACUUUUUCUAAGACAGUAUUAAUUAUUAUUAAAAAGUACAGAAAAAGAUUGUCGGCAGAAGUUCUGAAAAACAAAAGAAAAACCUUUUAUGUAUCCGUUAAAUAAGAUGUUUCAGCUGACAAAUCAGAUUUUCCUGUUUGUCAUUAUUCUACUGGUUUGUAUAUCGGUAACAAUGCAAACUGCCCACCACCCACAAAGGGUGCAGCUUCGGACAUUAAUAAAAAUAUUACUUGGUAUGUAUGCAUGUAUGUAUUUGAUUGGAUCAGAGGAAAAACUGCUUGUUUACACAUUUCUUGUUUUUAAAAUAAAUAUUUUUUUGUUGAGUAAUCAUUCCACCUUGAUUUAAAAAAAAAAAACAAUUCAACUCAGAGUUAAAAGCCUACACUUAAUAUUCAUGCUGAUGAUGGGGAUAUGUAGUAAACCUCUGACAAGCACUGUAUACAGAUGUGGGUAAUCCAGGUUCAGAAAGUAAAAGCCUGUCCAGAAAUGAGUUCCAACCAUUUCCAGCUCCACAGCAGAGAUGUGGGCUCAGUCCAAAAUACCUUUAAUAAUAGCUUUUAGCUCCUGCUCCUAGCUGCUGUUCCAGUAAGUGACAUUGCACGUUUCCUAAACUAAACUAGCAGUGGAAGGGAGCAUUCAGGUUAAUUUUCCUACCUUCUUCCUUACUGACUGCACUAUUUGGACAUGGCGACUGCUGAUGCACUUCUGCUUUGGCUAGAGUCCUUGCUCUAUAAGGGUAUUCGGAUUGAACCAGGGACUACAAUCACCAGUUUAAGUGAACAGGAUGAGGGAAAACCAGGGAUUUUACUUUCUGAAACUGGAUUUACCCAUCUCUGACUGUAAAUAUGUUAUUUGGUAGCCUUAACCAGCAAGUCGUUUAGAUCUGGCCGUUGUUUAUCUCUACAUUACAUCAGAUUGUGUUUACUAUAUGUUUUUGGAUGAAAACAUAUAGUUUUGAUAGUGGAUGUGGAUGACUAUCCACUAUGCAUUAUAUAUUGACAAAGAGGGGAUAUAGCACCCAGUCUGAAAGCUUAAGUUGACAAACGUCUAAUGUAAUGAAACACGUUGAAAUAAAGUAGAGAGCAGUUAGCUGACUAGCAAAUACUCCACAAUUGUUCCUCUGUUACAUAUUGGCCCCAUUUCUGUUUUGUUCCUUUUCUUCUGAGUCCAACAAGAAUAACCUGUGGACACCAUUUCACUGAAGUUACUGAUAAAACUCAACAUCUUAAUUGGGAAACAUUUUAGAACUGUUUUUGGUGAGAUUUAAGUUCGUUUUUUUUUUGCAUAGCAUAAAUUCACAACAAAUGUUACUUCAAGGCACUUUACAAGAGCAGCCGGUCCAAUUAACAAGCAGUUAUCAACAGUUCAAACCAGAUAUUUACGUAUACUGUAUUAGGGCUGGACGUUAUAGGAAAAAAAACAUAUCGAUAUUUUAGAAAUCCUAUUGAUCAAUAUCAAUAAUUAUCAUCUAAUUGAAAACA